AUGUCAUGCAGGACAGCGGUUAGAGGCGACUCUUUGCAGCCGAGUACGCAUUUGCUGGAGAAAGUCAUGGCGUCCACGAAGUUCGCCACACGCUGGCGAGAGGCGUGCUUGCUGAUGACGGAUCUGGUCUUCUUGCAAGUUGGUGUUAGUGUGCAGCUUUACAGUGAAGCCAUUGAAUCCUGCAGCCGAGCCGGAAAGAUCGAUGCAGUGCAGUUCUUCCUCCACACCAUGCGAAGGAAAGGCUGCUGGCCCACCGAGCGCACCUUCAACUUGGCCUUGCUGGCCUGUGACAGGUCAGGCCAAUGGCUUCUGGCAAUGGCGCUUUUGCGAGAGAUGAGGAUGGCGAUGCGCGACCCCGAUGUCAUCUCUUGGACCACCUGCAUUUCAGGAAUGGAGAAGGCGCGGGUUUGGAGACACGCUGUGAAGCUGCUGGAGCAGAUGCCCGCAACUCUGUUGCAGACAGAUGCCAUAGCCAUCAGCGCUGCCAUGAAAGUGUGUGAGAAGGCUUUAGAGUGGAAGCUUCCUCUACACCUCGCCAUGGGCACAGGUAUCCAGCCCGACACUAUUGCAUGCAGCUCUGUGAUCCGAGCGUUGCAGGAGGGGAUGCGGUGGAAAGCAAGUUGCGACUUCCUUGAGGAUGUGAAGCAGCAGAGCUUUCCGCGAGAUAUCAAAGCAUACAAUGCGGCAGCAUCGUCUUUGGAGAAGGUCAGUCGUUGGGAGAAGGCGCUGGCAGCCGUACGCUCCAUGAAGCAGCAGAGGCUGGCUGCAAAUGAAGCAACCUGUGGCAUAGCGCUUGGCGCCUGUGCAAGUGCGGGCAACUCGCUUGUGGCCUUCGGGAUCCUGCAGCAGAUGGUCCAGCAGAGAUUGAGGACAACUCCUCAAUUUAUCGCUUUGGCAUUGGAGGCCUGCUGGGAGGAGCCGCAAGCAGCACAGGCUGUGACUUCGAUGCUGGCGAAUCUCCGGCUGCAGCUGCCGCACUGGCUGCAGCCGGCCGAAAAGGAGGCCAUGGCCGGCGCACGAGAAGCAUCUUUGGCAGUGGAGAUGCUGGAGCAGAAUGACGGCUUGAGCGACCAGACCCGCAGAGCCUUUGGGCGGCGAGCUGCCAGGCCCAUCCAGCAGGAACUGCUCGCCUUUGCGGAGCGAGAAGGAGCUGCCGUUUUGGCAAGGGAGCUGGGAAGCCUUGGGGAGCAUUUCACGCGGGCUGCUGUCGCAAUGCUGGCAGAGGAGUGCUGA